AUCUAUUAGUAUUAUUGUAUAGCAACAUCGUAUCAAACGGCACGGCUUUUCAACAUUACAGAACAUCUGACAUACCAUGUCACCGCUCACUCCUAAUCCUUUAUCGACUCUCCGGGUCACCAAGAAACAAAUACCCUCCUACCAAAACUUCCCCAACACCGCACUUCAUCGCCAUCCUCUGAUUAUCUACCAUUCCGCCUAUCCGUCUUCUCUCACUGCAGAUCAGGUGGAGAAACAUCUUUCCUCCGUCGGCGUCGUUAAACCCGCAUGGCGAUUCCCAAUGUAUCGACAGCACCACUAUCAUUCCAACACUCACGAACUGCUCGUCGUCGUCUCAGGUGCUGGAACGCUCUGCUUUGGCGGGCCGAGGGAUGAAGAGAACAAGAGCAGGACCGAAAUUGAUGUGGAGAAGGGGGAUGCCAUGCUAGUCCCUUCCGGAGUUGCUCACGCGAUGAUCGAAGAUAAGGGAGGGUUUAGUAUGGUAGGAAGUUAUCCGAUCGGAGCGAAGAACUGGGAUAUGUGUACAGGCCAAGAUGGGGAGAAGAACGAUGCUUGGGAGACGGUGAAAGGAGUGAAGUGGUUUGACAAGGAUCCAAUCUAUGGCGAUGAAGGGCCAGCGAUCAAUACCAGAGAAGGUGACGCGAACAGCAAGCAUGGCAUGCCAUGAUAUUCGAUACCCCGUCUCAUCUAAUUUAUCACCCUUUCCGCAUCGUAUAGAUAAUGAUGUCAAAGCCGCACUCCUCGAAGUGUCAAGGAAAAGAUGCUCAUGAACUCUGGUUAAGACGGCUUGUCAGGUCGUUGUUGCCCAUUUAUUUAAGAGUCGAAGCGCUUACCUUUGAAAUACGAACUCUAAGCGCCACUGCGAAAGUGUCUGGGAAGAAUAUGGUAUCAAUGAACGAUGUGAACAGUGUGCUGCAUGCCGUUCCAACGUUUCUCGAUUAACACUCUUCUUAAUCCCUUGUCCCGCACAUCUAAGUCCGCACUCUCUUCCCCAUCGCACCCACCACUUCCCUCUUUCCCAACACAUCCUUCAACCUAUCGCCCAACGCGGUCUUCCCAUCCUUCUUCAAUGGUCCUUGUCCCUUCCCACCCUUAUUAUUCUUCGCCCCUUCACCCAGCGUACCUCCCUCAUCGAUUCCAAAGACAACUACUCUUCCCGGUCUGCCUGCCCGUCCUGCCCUACCUGCACGAUGGACGAAAUCCAACACAUCCCUUGGUGGUUGUACGAGGAACACUGAUGACACGGACGGGUGGAAAUCCAAUCCUCGUGAGAGAAGAGAUGUCGUCACAAGGACCCGACGGCGCGUAACCUGGGAUACGUUUGGGGUGGUACCGUUCUUGUCCUGGAAAAUCGGCUUGGUUUCCCUCGGUUCCAAGCUUGGGAGAGGAGCAGGGGGUUCGUGCCCUGGGAGAUGAGGUCUUUGCAGGAAAUCGUUCAAAGACCCAUUCCGACCUCUCAGGCGCUCUUCUCCAGCUCCAGUCCAUGCGAGGCAAUCAAUCUUCUUCGUUCCCAGGAUCCCAGAGACCUGCUCCACCUGCUUAUCAGAAUUGCAGAAAAUCACAAUUUUGCUCGGUUCCUCGCCUUCCCUUCCCUCAGCUUUGGCAGCUUUGGCGUCCUCGGCUAACGUGAGCCGAACUUGAUGCGCGACGUCGCCGUGUUUGUUGCCGGUCGUAGACGGACGAAUAAAUCGAGUGAGAAGUUUAGGAGGAAGUUUAUGUAAACCGGGAGAAAGCAAAUGGAUGAAAGGUUCCUUUUUGGUGAAGAACGGGUUGGUGGUAAGGAGGUUUAUCAAGAAUGGAGGAAGGGUGGCGGUACAUAAGAUAAGGUUGGCCUGUUUGACCUGAGAGAGAACCGAGAUAGUGUCCAGAUAGAAUUCUCGACCUACGACAUGAUGUAU